GUAAGAGGAACCUGGGAUGAAGGUGCACCUUAGGAGAUGUGGAGAAAUCCAACAAUCGUGGUGCCGCCGGGGCCAAGGGAGAGUUAGAGCAAGACGAGCAAAGGCAGUUCUCCCUGACUUGUAUCACUGUUGACAGAAACCUCAGAAACCCAGACGAGUUACCAUAACGACCGCGUCCGGGCAGGAGGCGGGGCCCUUCAGAUUUGUGCGUCGACAACUAGGGCGCGACUGGAAACACACUCCCGCUGCACUCCGACUUCCGGCGGAAAAGAAAGUGGGUUCCGUGCUCCGUCCCGCGGCGGCAGCAAGUGGAUUCCUGCUCUAGUGUGAAGCGUGGUAAGUCUGAUGCUGUGUGGAGCCAGGGGAAGGCAUCAGCUGGGCCAGCCUGGGUUGAGCGGACCGUGGACGCCGCGAGUCUCUAAGCUCCAGCUGCUUCAUGGUUAUCAGAGAAGGCCCCAUUCUAGUUCAAAGGACGCUGAUGGCUUUUGAGCAGACACUCAAAAAGGAUUGGUACAGCAUUCUGGGGGCAGACCCAUCUGCAACUGUGUCAGACCUAAAGCAAAAGUAUCAGAAACUCAUAUUACUGUAUCAUCCAGAUAAACAAAGUGCAGAUGUGCCGGCAGGAACCGUGGAGGAGUGUAUGCAGAAGUUCAUUGAAAUUGAUCAGGCAUGGAAAAUUCUAGGGAAUGAAGAAACCAAGAAAAAGUAUGACUUGCAGCGGCAUGAAGAUGAGCUAAGAAAUGUGGGGCCAGUAGAUGCACAGGUACACCUUGAAGAGAUGUCCUGGAACGAAGAUGAUGAGUCUUUCUCUCUGAGCUGUCGAUGUGGUGGGAAAUACACUGUCUACAAGGAUGAAGCACAAGAAGCAAACCUGAUUUCCUGUGAUAUGUGCUCCCUGAUUGUGGAACUCCUUCAUCAGAGCUGAACUGUGUGUUCAUUCCUGGGACCCUUUAACUACAAGGAAACAGAUGCUUUUUUUGUUAUUAACUGUCUAAUUUGUGAAGAUAAGGUGAAAUCUUCAAGCAAAGACCACUUCAGAUUAACAGAUUAAUUCAUUUGUUUAUAUGUAUCUAAAAUGUAAAUUAUAGGAUAUUACAAAAAGGACUUGAAAAAUAUUUUUGCAUUUUUAGCUAACUACUUUUAUUUUCUCUUUGGUACAAACUAAUUAUUUCCUUUUUGAAGUAUAAAUUUCUUUUUCAAAAAUCAG